UUAUAUUCUCUCAUUUGAACUGAAAUUGAAUCACUUCAUCAAGCUAAAACCGCACUGAAUUUGCAGAACCCCAAUCUCUCUGCGUUCCUAUGGCGGAAAUCUCCGAUUCUCCACCGGAAUCAAAACCCAUCGAAGAAAAUACUCAAACUCCGAUAACAGAAUUCGAUUCCAAAACCAUGCGAAAGACCAAACCCGGCGUUAAACGCCUCAUCAUGACCCUCACAGUCCUCGUCUCCUUCAUCCUACUCAGUCCACUUCUCUUGAAAUCCAUCGAAAUCUACCGCGCGCCACUUCCGUUCGAUGAAAUCGACUCAUUCUCCUCCAAAAUCGAAUUGAACGACUUGCUUUUCCCGUGCAGAUUUCAAGCCAUCUUCGUCGGUUUCAAUUUUAGCGUUUCGAAUCACGAAGUUGGAGAGGUUAUCCGGAGUAAAAUGUCCGAAUUCAGCCUCGGUGACUCUCGAUGUGGUUGCUCCAACAAUUACUCCGUCUCGGCUGUACUUGAUUUAGCCGAGGCUGAGAAGGAUGGUUUGUAUGCUGAAGUCAAUGAUGUUGAUUUUGGCGGAAAAUUGAGGGAGAAUGACGAAGAGGCGGAUGAAAUGGUGAAGAGGUUGGUGAAUAUGUAUGGAGAAGAGAAGGUGUAUAGUGUUGUGGUGGUGAAUGGUGAGGAAGAGGUGAAGGCUGUGGUUGGGAAGUAUAGGCAUGCGUGGAUUCUCGGAAAGGUUUCAGAGGAGGACGCAGUUGUGCGUGUGGCUGAGAUUUUUUCUAAGGUGUUUGUUAAUGGUGGGAGUGAAGAUGGUUUGAUUCAUAAUGAGUUUAUGCCGGUUGGUGCUGAUGGGAGGAUUGUUCUUUCUUUCAGUUUGCUUAAUGCAGACCCGCGGGAUUGGGUUUAUGAUUGGGAUUUCAGUGAAAUAGAUGAAACUUUGUUACAACCUGUCAUUGAGGCUCUGCAACCUAUAGCUGAUGUCACUGUUGAAAGCCAGGUUUUGUACCAUACACCAAAGGCUUCGUUUUCUGAUUGGGAUGAUGAACAUGGCAGCCACAUAUUCACUACUCAGGAUCUUCCUUUCUUUGUGAAUUCCAAUGAAUGGCACUUAGAUACUUCAGUUGCAGCUGGUGGGAGGUCAAAAGUAUUGCAACUUGUGGUAUAUAUUCCAUCUGCGAAGGAGUGUCCUCUACAACUGGAGCUUCCGAAUGGAGAUCUCUCUAAGACUAAUGGCUUUAUAUCGCCAAUGUGGGGAGGUGUUGUGGUAUGGAACCCCCAGAGCUGUAUAAAGGAUGUGGAAAGUAAGGAUCUAGUCAGACAUAUGAUUUCUCCUCAGGAUCUCCAGAAGCUCUUUGAAGUUCUAAUGGGGCAGAUUCGGCAACUUCUUGGUCUGAAGUCUGAUGACCUUUAUGUUGGUGAGUCAGGUACAUCCACUCUCCUAGGGAGUGAAAGAGGCUUCACAGAAUGGGAAUUGGAUUUUUUGUCACGGAAGCAUUUUUGCUUUAAUCUCCUUUCGUGUGCCACAACGCUUAAAUCUCUUUCUAAAUUGGUACAAUCAUUACCAAGGAUGAUUAUCAUGGAUGAAAUUGGAAAACAGGUGACGUUUUCUCUGGAGGCUGCAAAAUCUGCUCAAACUAAUGCAACUGUUGGAAUGUAUGAUGCUUCAGCUGUAUCAUCAAGGCAAUCAAGAACUCUUGCAGAGGAUGCCUUUUUUCAUCCCUCAAUUAUGUCCAUCAGCUAUUAUUCUUUUGAGCAUUGUUUUGCCAUCUAUUCGCCAUUUUUUCUGCCAGUUAUAAUGCAUGUCCUUUUAGCUGCUUUAAGAGAAUGGAAAAGAUACAAGCAAGAAAAUAGAAAGUACUUGGCUUGGAAAGCCAAAGCAAAAGCUGUAUCUUAAUUGUUGAUCAACAGUGAGAAGUUGAAGCUAGUUUCCAGGUAGUUGAGGCAUUGUGAGUGUCCUCUCUCCUCAAUACCUGGUUCUUUUGUAAGUUUAUUGAAAAUGACAGUAGUGCUGACACGGUCUCUAGGGCCAACUGACUAGGAUUAGAGGAACAGGACAUUGAUGCCCGCCGCCCUUGGUUGUAACAGUAUUUCUUUUGAUUUUUUAUUGAAAGGUAGUUAUACCACUGUUAUGAGUAAAUUGAGGCCAAAGUGCACAUUUUAAUUUUUUUCCUUCCAGUAAUUGAAAAUUCUAUCUAUUCAGUCUUC